AUGGAUAGACAUUAUUUCAUUGAUGAUAUGAGAGUGAUAGUUGAAAUUAAUGAAGUGGUUAAUCAGAUUCCAUUAAUGAGACGUGUAACAUUUUAUAAAAUUCGUAAGAAUCCACUGGAAGAACUUCAAGAAGCCGAAUUUAAAAUGAAAUACAGAUUUUCUCGCGGUACUGCCGUUUUCCUUAUUGACAUAGUGAAAAAUGAUUUGGCCGGUGAUUCAAGAGGUGGAUUUAUACCACCCCAUCUAAAAGUUUUGACUGCUAUAAGAACAUGGGCCCGUGGAGAGAUACAAGAUGAUGCAGGAGAUCUAAGUGGAAUGAGCCAGCCAAGAAUAUCACUUGUAUGCAAAGAAGUUGCUUUAGCACUAGUAGCACAAAGAGCACAGUGGAUUAAAAUGCCACAAAGUGAUGUGGAGCAGAAGCAUGUGAUUACAGGUUUUUAUUCAGUAUGUGGAUUUAGACAAGUGAUAGGGGCUAUUGAUUGCACACAUAUUCGAAUCCCGAAAGUUGUGUCAAAUGCUAAUUUAGAGAUCAUGGAAAUAGUGGCACAUUGGCGAGGCAGCACACAUGACUCAAGAAUAUUUAAUGAAAGUCGCAUAAAACAAAGGUUUGAGCAGUCAGAAUUUAAAGGCAGGCUUCUCGGAGAUUCUGGUUAUGCUUGUACUCCUUAUUUAUUCACUCCUAUCCUGCGUCCCAAUACACAAAAGGAAGAAAUGUACAACCGAUCGCACAUCAGGACCCGAAACACUGUAGAACGAUGCUUUGGAGUGUGGAAGCAAAGGUUUCGGUGUUUACAGCUAGGACUUAAUACAAAAUUAGUGAAUACAAAACUAUAUGUUGCUGCAUUGGCAAUACUGCAGAACAUUGCAAUGCACAAGCAAGAUCUGCUUGAGGAUGCAAUAGAAGAUGAUAGAAACGUUCCAGUUACAGAAUUAGUAAAUAACUACCUAAGAGGAAGUUCAGUACGGGCAGCAUUUAUUAAUGAAAAUUUUAAAAAUAAUUAA